CCGCCCAUAAGCAGAACAGGCUGUCAGUCACAUUCGAUGAUUAUCGAGUUUCGAAACCAAACAGGCUGUGCGUAGAACUCUGUCACUUCAUCUAGCAUGAACGAGAGCCAAGAAGCUGAGACGUUGUCUACGGAAAUGGAUUCAACAACAACCUACUCUCAGGUCGUCUUUAUUGAUGUUCCGCGAUCUUAUCCACCCAACACCAAUGUCAACUGUGGUUACACUUUGACGGGCGGUCUGCAACCUCACCCCAAAGACUGGAUUGGAGUUUACAAAGUGGGUUGGAACACCACUCAAAACUACUACACCUUUGUGUGGGUGGAACCGUGCUUGGAUCGAUUAGGACCAGAUCCUGUGACACGACAAGUGGUUUUUAAUGACUACUACCUUCCAAAGGAUGACGGGGAUUACCAGUUCUGCUAUGUGGACCACAUGGGUCAGGUGAGGGGAGCCAGUACUCCCUUCUGCUUUGAGAACCUCCAGGACACGCUUUACACCAGCCUGGAGAAUGACAUUUUAGUCGUCUCCACACAGGAGCAGACAGAGCAGAUGGAGAAAGAAAAGGAGGAGCUACGACAGGAGGUGGAGCAGCUCAAGGAGGGUGAACAGAUCCUGAAAAAUGAGCUUGAUGGACGACUGGAAGAGAUCCAUCGCCUCCGGUUGACCAUUGAAGAGAUGAAAAACUCAGUGAGCACAGACGCACAGCCGCCAGGAUGCGAAAGCACAGAUGUGUUGAUGGAACAGUUGAGUCCUGAAGUAGUUGCUGUGCCUAACUUGAAACAGCCAGAAGAGAGCCUUGCACAAUCCCAGGCCCCUCUUGAUGAGAAAUAUGACAAGGCACUGCAGAAGAUCAAGCAGCUGAAGCAACAACGAAAGGAGCUUAUGGCAACUACAGAGAACCAACAAGCAGAGAUCUCACGGUUAAAUUUAAAGGUGAAAGAGAUGGAGCAGGACUUAAGCAGACUGAGGGAUGAUGUUCAACUCUUCCAGGUGGACCUCCAGAGCAGUCAGAAUGAGAAGCUGUGUGCUGAUGUGCAGCAACUGGAGGAACUGAAGAGAGACUUGGAGGGAAUAAAGAAAGAGAAAGAGAGACUGCAAGCAAGCCUGUUAACCCUAACACCUCAGAGGGAGGAUGAAAGCACUGUGAAGCUCCAAAGGGAGGCUUUGCUCAGCCAGCUCCAGGAGACCAGGAUCAAGCUACGGCAGGAGUUGCAGGGUGCCAAUGAGGCCGGCAAGCGUGCAGAGGCAGCCGAGCGUGAGCUGAGGGAACUCAGGUGUCAGUUGGAGCAGAGGGCCACCACCCAGUCUAUUAAUGAGCCCCAAUGCAAAGACAUUAGCCUGGAGAUUAAGCUCAAGGAGGCACUGAGGACUAUUGAUGACCAGACAGUCAUCAUAGACCUGGCAAGAGAAGAGCAGGAAGACUUUGAUAAGAAAAAUCAGGAUCUCCAAAAUGAAGUUGAUGUGUUGAGAGAAGAGUUGGCCCGUGUGAAGCCAGGCACUCCUGCUGCCCCAGACUCCACACCGUUUUCAUACCCUAGCUUCUCCUCUUUCCAGGAUCCCAGCACUAACAGUCUGCAGGGUUCCCUCCUCUAUGGGAAUCCUUAUGAUAAUGCAGAGGGUGCCAACGAGGACAAGGUGCCCCAGUGCCAGCACUGCCUGAUAUCUUUCCCUGGCAUCAGCCAGGAGGAGCUGACACAGCACGAAGAGAGUCAUAAAGUGUGCCCCAUCUGCACUUUUAUCUGUGACGAGAUGGAACAGCCGGAGUUUGAGGAUCAUGUCUACACACAUGACAUAUAAAGCUGCUUCAGAGUUUGCCUUUGUUUCUGACGUCAGAUGAUCAUCUGAUUGGUAAAUCAAUUUCACCGGCAGUGACUUAUUUUGCAAAAUUUCCAUGGUCCUUCUCUUUAAGUUUUAAACUGUAACUAUAUAAUCAUGUUUUAGGGAGCUGGGAAUACUGUUGAGAGCACUUUAACUGCACAGCACAAAUAUGUAGAGGUGUCUAUUAUUAUUAACAUUUUACUUUUGCAUCAUAAAAUUCUUGUAUAAAAUUUCGGUCAACUGACUAUAUCUGGGAAAGGUUUCAGUAAGUACAGAUUCUGACCCUGUUGCAAAGAUUAUGUUGACCAGUAAAACUGAUGAAUAAUAAAACAUAAAUAAAGCUUAUGUUCAUUUA